AUGACAACAGUGGGUAUUAUAGUGAGAAAUAUUAAUGGAAUUGAUGUGAAAAACGUGCUAAAGCCUGUUUUUGAACGUUGCUUGCCCUACCUAAGUUCUGAUCACGCUGUGUUAGAUAUCGUUUUAUUAGAUUCCUUUAAUUCAGCAGCCGCGCUCGAUUCUACAUUGCUAAGUUUGUACCAUAAUGCUAGAGAUGUUUUACUUACCAAAGAGUUAUUCGAUGUUGGAAUUAAUGUGCUUUUUAAUAUCCCCUCAGAAGGUUAUUCCAACCAUAAAUGGGAGGUCCUUUUCAUUUACGAUCUCAAACUAAAAGAUAUGUUUAAACAUGAUAAAUUGGAAACGUUUGAGCUGGAAGACCCUAUAUUAGAUCUGCCUGGUCCUGAAAAGGAUCGAGACAAAUAUGAAGUAAGUGCGUUAGGAGGGACAUUUGAUCAUUUCCAUGAUGGCCACAAGAUCCUGUUAAGCGUAGCAACCCUUCUAACGUCAAAGAAGCUCAUUGUAGGAGUAACAGUAGAGGAGUUACUUGUGAACAAAAAAUAUAAAGAGUUACUGGAGUCUUUUGAAGACAGAUGUCAUAGCGUCUGCAUGUUUUUAAAUAGACUGAAGAAGUCACUGGAAGUUAAAAUCGUUGCCUUACAUGAUAUCUGUGGGCCUACAGGUAGUGUGCCAGAGAUUGAAGCACUAAUAGUUAGCCGCGAAACGGUAGCUGGUGGAGAAAUUAUCAACAAGACUCGUAACCAGAAGGGUAUGAAAGAACUAGAAAUUUAUGUAGUCAACAUCUUAGGUGGUGACGAAUCGGAUAGUUGGAAGGAAAAGCUAAGCAGUACUGAAAUAAGAAGACACCAUCUAAUGAAAAACUUAAACCGCAAGUAA